UCGACAAACCCUAAGCCACCUGAAAAUCAACAAAGAAAGAAAAGAAAAGAAAAGAAAAAAAAGAAUGAUGAAGGAUUUGAUAGGUGCUGCCAUCAAGAGCACUUACGAUACUCGAAGCCCCGGUGGAGUCGAACGAUGCGUCGAUCUGUUGAUUCGGUUGAAGUCUAUGUCUCUCUCGGUCAAACAUAUUCUUUACUUCUCCGAGUCUAUUUUCAAGCUCGAGACUUUGAGAAGGCAUCGAAAACCUAGAAUCCGAGAAGUAUCUCAAUCUCUGUUUACUUCCUUGCUUAAGACGCUCUACUCGCAAGGAACAGACGAAUCGGCCAGUCUUGACGCAGGUCGUCUGAAGAGGAAAGGGACAAAGAUCGGGUCUUUAACGAAGAAGAAGGCAAGGACCGAUCUGUUGGUUUCGCCUUCGGACAAGAAACAAGAUCACAAAACUCUCGCUCUGGUAAGGACUGAGACAAAGACGAACGUUGCUUGCAAGUCUGUUACGAAGAAGCCUCCAUGUAGAUCACUUCAAGAUUCUCACAAGAUUUGCUCUGUUACUACUGCCACGGAUCUUACUCCUCAAUCGAGACGGGACAUUAAAGACAAAGAUGGUAAGGUUACAACCAAGACCUUGAUUCCUCCUCCGAGGAGAGUCGCUGCUUGCAAGAACGUUCCAGCAAACGAUUCUAGAAACCCUAAGACAGAGGAGAUGGUGGAGUUGUUCGAAGCAGCCAAGAAAGCGGCUAACUUGGCCAAUGCUAAGGGUAUUCUCUCGGGCAAAGCAGACGCGUCUUGCUGCGUAGAGGCUAUCUCGUUGCUCAUGAAGAUAAACGUCACUCCAAAACCUAAUGAGCCAAGGAGGAUGAUUGAGAGGCUUCAGGGGAUUACAAAGCACAAAGACCGUACGAUUUGUAAUGCUGCAAUAGCCCUUCUCCAGCUUUGGAGACAGAGGAUCGGAGAACGAGAACGUAAAGAGUCGUCUGCUACCGAGAACCCCGUUAGAGCUCAACGAACAUGCGGUCAGGGCUUAAGAAGAGAAUCUACAAAGGCAAUGAAGUUAGUGAUGUGAAGAUCAUAGCUUGAACAAAAGAAUGUCUAUGGUGAAUUCAAUAGAUUGUAGUAAAUCAUUGUAUGUAGAGUAGACUGAGUAGUAGGAAAG